AACAGACCUCAUGUUUGCUGUGCAGAAACAACACGUAAAGGGAUUAUUCACUGGACAGACCUACACUUUGUUGACAGAGAGCGAUAGAAGUCGGUGGACAACAGAGAUGACUCCUCAUAAGAACCUUUUGAAAAACAUUUUUAUAAACACUUUGUAAAAAAUAAGUGGACAUAUUUGAUCACCAGAACACUGGAUGCAUUUGAUUUGGAAACCCUUUUUACGAACUUUUUUAUUAGUAAGUAUUUUUAGUAAAGAAAACGUGACUUCCAAUGACCCCAGGAGUCGCUGACUGGGUUGAAACCUCCACUUCAUUAGCUUUGAAGGGUUCAACAGUCUGUUGCAUUAAAUCCAUACAGCUCAGACUAUUUGACAUCACUUGUAGUUUCAAAAUUAUUUUCAAAGAAUAAUUAAACUUGCCGUGAGGAAGCAUUCCAAACAAUAAGUCAAUGUUUACAGUUCAUAUGUGACUUUCUGUUUUAUGGUACUGUAGCGCCCUCUUGUGAUAAAAAUGUAAAAUUACACAUGAAACAGGAGGUAAACGUUAGCCUGGCCAGCCAGCCCCACUCCAUUUAUUGAUGGGAAGCAAUGUUCUCUGUGUAGAACAGAGCACGAGCCUGGUAGGCCAGGCCAGGUGAAUGUGUUUCAGCUUCACUGCGUCUGUUUACUUAUUAUAAAAUGUUUUAAUUAAUGGCUCUGGCACAAAAAUACGCUUCUAAUGAUAGAGGUAAACAGAUUAACUACUUUUCGUUGCAACUUCAUCACUAUUCACUAGGCUUACAUUUACUAUGACAAAUUAAUGAAUUAACAAAUCCGAUUUAUUAAAAAUCUGGUUCAUUAAAUCCUGUUUUCUAUGUGAUGAUAUAGAAGCUAACUCUUAAGGUUAAUUGAAGAAUGAAAUUAAAUUAAAUGUAUAAUGUUCAAUAAAAGAUACUCGAAAUGAAAGUCCAGUCCUAAAAAUCUCACAAAUGUUCAGUUGCGUUUGUAUUUAUUUAUUACAUUCUGCUACCAGUCCAGCGCUAACCUUUCAGCACCGGACAGCGACUCAAGUCACCAAUAACUUUGGAGUGUUUGCCACAUGUUAUAAACAUGCAUGUUAGGUCACGUGAUGCGGAAAACAUACAUUCAGAUAUUUGAUUCGAGGUGGAGUUGUCUGGUGUCACCCUUGUGUAGCUCCUGCUCUGUCGUCCUGAACAGAGAAAACCAGCAGCAGGACGACCGACGCCGCUUCACAUUUCCACUCCUGCAGGAAGAACGCGUUCAGCGCGCAGGAGAACGUUCAGCUGAUUCAACUUCGUUGGUUUAACUUUUUGUCCUUUAAUCGUGCAAAUUCGGGUGAGUUUUUACUGCUUUUUUUGUUAUUCUGAGUUUGGAAAUUCAGAGCAAUGUCUCGCAAGAAGGCAGCUAAAGGCAAAGCCCCGAGCAGCAGCAGCGGCGGCGGCGGCAGCCCGUCUGCAGCCAGCUCCGCGGGAAAAGGCGCGAGGAGCAGCCCGGGCAUCGUUCAGAUGAACGGAGUGGUCCACCCCAGCAGACCCUCCAUCAGCAACAGCAGCGAGUUUUAUGACAUCGCGUUUAAGGUGAUGCUCGUUGGAGACUCUGGCGUGGGGAAGACCUGUCUUCUGGUCCGUUUCAAAGAUGGGGCUUUCCUAGCCGGCAGUUUCAUCUCCACUGUGGGAAUUGACUUUAGGAACAAAGUUCUGACCAUUGAUGGAGUCAAAGUGAAGCUGCAGAUCUGGGACACAGCUGGACAGGAGCGCUUCCGCAGCGUCACUCAUGCAUACUAUCGUGAUGCUCAUGCUCUUCUUCUGCUGUAUGACGUCACCAACAAAUCAUCCUUCGACAACAUCCAGGCCUGGUUGACUGAGAUCCAUGAAUAUGCCCAGCAGGAUGUGGUGCUCAUGCUGCUUGGAAACAAGGCUGAUGCCACUCAUGACCGAGUGGUGAAGAGAGAAGAUGGUGAGAAGCUUGCUAAGGAGUUUGGGGUUCCUUUCAUGGAGACCAGCGCCAGAUCAGGUCUCAAUGUGGAGCUGGCUUUCACAGCUGUGGCCAAGGAGCUGAAGCACCGGUCCGUGAAGGACUCCAGUGAGAAGUUUAAGCUCCAGGAAUAUGUGAACAAGGAGAUGAAGGGUGUGGGCUGCUGCAGGUCCUAAACAGCUCCACAUCUGUGGCUAUGUCCUGAUUACUCAUCUUUACAUUGUUGGUGACCAUUUCUGGACUCCUCCAAUACUAGGAGUCAGAAUCACAGAGGUAGAAACGUUGUCCUCCACUCGUCAUGCUUCUCUUCUCCUGCCUCUUUAGCUGUGAACGUAUAGCCCAAGGUUAGGAUUCAAACAGAAAAACGACCCACCUCAGUUCAUUCCCUGUUAACUGUCGCUGCACAUUCAUCAUUUUAACUCUGAAACAUAAUGCAUUACCUUGUCUAUUGAAUGUGUUUUAAAGGAAUGUCAUCUCAUGUUGAACUGGGAAAAGCAGCAUGUUUAAAGUGUUUUAUGCUCCUGUGUAUUUCUGAUUGGCAGCUUUUGUUUACAUGUUGUGGAUGAAUCCACUAGAUGCUUUGUUGCUGGUCCUCCUGUCUUCAUGAAGUGGCUCGACAGACUCACCAGCAUCAGCUCGAACUGUGUUCAUCAGUCAGGUUUGGACACUAGAGAAUAAAUGACCUCACCCUUCAACAAAGGCAAAAGGACUUAUGGCAACAUAACACUGCAUUAAUUACAUUGUGUAUAUGUCUGAAACACUGUAAAUGUACAGAAAUGUGUGUCCUGUACUGGUUUGAUAUGAACUGCACAAUCUUUCAUUUCUUGAAAUAAUUUCUAAUAUAACGAUCGGACAUGACAUGUAAUCUAUAUAUAGUGGAGAUUUUGACAAACAGGCUGUAAAAAAAUUUUCUUGCACAAAAAGCUUCAGAGGAAAGAAGCUCUUUAGUCAGGAAAUAAUGCUAGUACCAGAGAGUAACACAUACGAUAAGUGUUGUUUAUGAAAUGUCUCAAAAAUCUAAUAAGCUGUUCUAAUUGUUUUGUUUUUCUUCUUUUAAAUCUAAAUAUUAUAAAUAUUAUUGGGGCAUAACAUGCUAUGAUUUGUUUUCAUAUAAAGCUCCACCGUGACCUUC